AUGUAUCAUGUUGGUAUAUAGCAUAAUAUAUUUCUUAAAACAUAUAUUUACAAUGGCACCGGCUGCAUGUACUGAUAUUCUAAAGCCAGAAAAUGUUGUAAAACAUAGAAUUUGAAAUUGUCUCCUCCUCUUUCCAUGAUGUGGUAUCGUCCAGCAAACGUUGCUGGGCUAACCAGAGAGUCAGGAUUAUCGGCAGAACGACUGGCUGCUGAUAGCAGGGUCGCUGUGAACUUGUCAAAUAACCAGUAAAUACAAUAUAGCGUUUAGAUCAAAUAAGCUACUGGUAACGUAUAGUGUUAUCAAUACGUGUGUCACAAGUUACACCAUGUCAACCCCGGCUAGAAGGAGACUUAUGAGAGAUUUUAAACGGGUCUUCAAACAUGUUUACAUCUCACUGUAAAUUUCAGCUGCUUCAGAUCUUUUAACUUCAUCGAGUAUCAGCUCACAUUUCCAGUUCUGGCUACAAGAGGACCCUCCAGCGGGUGUCAGUGGUGCCCCAUCUGAAAACAACAUUAUGGCGUGGAAUGCAGUCAUAUUUGGCCCCGAAGGAACUCCCUUUGAGGACGGUACAUUUAAACUCAUUGUAGAGUUCACAGAAGAAUACCCCAACAAACCCCCCACAGUACGAUUUGUGUCAAAGAUGUUUCAUCCAAAUGUCUAUGCAGAUGGCAGUAUAUGUUUGGACAUCCUACAGAAUCGUUGGAGUCCCACUUAUGAUGUGUCCUCUAUUCUUACAUCGAUCCAGUCCCUGCUUGAUGAACCAAACCCCAACAGUCCAGCCAACAGUCAGGCCGCUCAGCUGUACCAGGAGAACAAGCGGGAAUACGAGAAGCGUGUGUCUGCCAUUGUAGAACAAAGCUGGAGAGACAGUUGACCUGACAAUCGUAAUAGCUGCUCUCUUCAUUGUUAAGCUGUGUGCUGCAAGUUUUAGUGGAGUACCUCUUAAUUUUUGGGCCACCCCACCUUUUUUUGAUUUUAAGCUUUUAUGCACUUUACCUUCAACUUCCCUUCUUAGAAUGUUUUUUGUUUUUUUGCCCGCCAAGAGGGAUUUAUCUUUUCUUUUCUAUCCCCCCUUUUCAUCAGGGGAGAUGUGUUGAAUCUUGCCUUGAUGUUUUGUCAGUAUGGACUUGUGGGCCAUUACCCAAAAAUUCUGGUGUGUUCUUACUUGCUGUAAUAACUCUUCAUGACUAAUUAUGUUAACUGUCUUGGAGGGUGAAUUAAGUCAUGGGUCCUCUUCUGUUGUGCUCCUUAUCUGUUUUUGCCAUUUUGUUGGCUCCAAUGUGAUCAUCCAACCUUUCCUUGGGAGAAUGAGCAGCCUGAGUGUCACGGACUAAAUCAGACAUAUUUACACCGUGUCUUUUGCAGUGUUGUGAACUGUUACAUGCAUGACAGAAAAGAGUGUAUUCACGUUCCUGUUCAGUACUCAUGUAUAUAAGAAACCUGCAUCUGAAUUUAUGUACAGAUUUUGCACUGGUUGUUCCCCAUGUCAUUUUUUUUCAGCACUUGUAAAUAAUAAUAAAAAAAAGGCAAAUCCA